AUGCCGAAAUAAACAAAAAGUGCCAAAACACAACAAAAUCAAGAAUAAUAAGAAACCUAAACUAAAUAUACAAGAUCAUCUAAAAUUGAAGAAAUCGAGAAAAAAUGUUCUGAUUACAAAAAAAUCUAAGAACAAAUUUAAGAAUUAGGGUUUCCUGUAAAUCCAGCCUCUGAACAAGUCAUCAAAGAUAUUAUUGAGAAACAGGAUUAAGUCUAAUUAGGUAAAUAUUUAGCUUCUCACUAUUGGGGAAAGCAAUCUGACUUACUCACCAAAAUUAAUGAAAAAUUAGUUGAACAUGGUUUUUAAGUCACAGACGACCUUCAAUGCGAGCAGAUUAUCACCAUUAAUAUCAAUAACAACAAUAUUGGAAAAAAAUAUGAUUAUAAAAAAUUGUUUGAAUUAAAGGACACUGCUUGUCCCUCACAAUUAUUAAAUGUGGAUCAUUACAGCAGUGAAAUCAUAACUAAGUUUGUUGAAUCCACUGACAAUCCAGAAUUAUAAUAACUAUUGACAAUCAGAAAGAACAUCCAAGAUCUACUAAACAAGUUGGAUAAAAUUAGAAUAUUUUCAAAUAAAUUAUCGAAUAUUAAAUCUUAGUCUGCUGAAGAUAAGUUAUUGAAAUAAUUUGACAAUUUAGAAAAGGACUAUUACCUUGUUAAAAACACUUAAUUCAACUUUGAUAAACUAUCCUAACAGAAAAAGGCAAAGACUUCAAAGAAAAAAGGAAACCCUAAUGAAGGUGACAAUAAUCAAGAAGACAAUCAUCAUAAGCAAGAUGAACAAGUUCAAAAAGACAAUAAUUAGCCCGAUCUCAAUUAGUUAAACACUAAUCAAGAAGAACAAAAGUCAUAAAAUAAAGCAAAAUAAAAAAAAUCUAAAUAAAGUAAACCAAAGAAUAAAGAACAACUACCUGAAAAUUAGGAUGGAGAAUAAAAUGCUGAAAAGCCAUAAAAUAAAAAAGAAAAGAAGGCCAAAAAGUCAGAAGCCAAAUAAGAAAAAAUCACAGAAAAUCAAGAAGAAGUAAAAUAAACUAAAAAUAAAGUUAAAAAUACAGGGGAUCAACAAAGUAGUACAAAAAAGGAAACAAAACCAAAAAUCAAAAAACCAAAUAAUUCAUAAUAAGCAUAAGAAGAUCCAAAAUAAAAAAAAUUAGAUUAGUUUUUCAAAAAGAAAACUUAAUGA